CUGUGGCCCCACAGGGAGCCGGUGCUAGAGCAGGGUCCUGGCAGGACAUGUGGAGAGAGGAGCCCACGCUGGAGCUGCCUAUUCCUGAAGGACUGACCCUGUGGAAGGGACCAACGCUGGGGCCGUGCAUGAAGAGCUCCUUGAAGAAGGAGCACUUCUCCCGUGGGAGGAACCCCAGGCUGGAGCAGGGGCGGAGUGUGAGGCAUUCUGCUCUUGGGGAAGAAAGAGCAGCAGAGACAGCAGCCCCCAUUCCCCAUCCCGCUGUCGGGAAGGGGGCGGAGGGAGCCAGGAGGAUUCCGAGCCGGGGACGACCAGCGGAGCGGAGGGACGGCUGCGGGACAUUUCCUUGCACCGCCUCAGUGCCCCGCGGUGAGCUGCUGGGUGACAAAGCCCGCCGGCUCCCGGCUCAGCCCGUGCCCGCAGCGGCCCCUCGGGCCCGGCGGCGCUCAGGGCGCAGCCGCGCCGGCAUCACGUGGGCGGCGGGGCCGCGGCUGCUCGGGAUCGGCUGCGGAGCCUCCGCUCCUGAUCCCUCCCGGGCACGGAUCCGCCGGAGCCUCCGCUCCUGAUCCCUCCCGGGCACGGAUCCGCCGGAGCCUCCGCUCCUGAUCCCUCCCGGCUCGCCUGCGGCUCCUCCGGGCACGGACCCGGCGGCGGCUCCGGUUCGGGUCCCUCCGGGCACGACUCCUGCUCUAGCUCCUCCGAGCGCAGCUCCCGCUCCGGCUUCUCCGGGCGCGUCUCCGCUUCUCGCUCCGGCUUCUCCUCCGGACACGGCUCCGGCUUCUCCCCGGGCUCUCGCUCUCGGUGCGGCUGCCCCGGCCAUGGGGGCUGUGGCGGGCGCGCCUCCGCCGUGAGCAGCAUCGGCAGCAGCGGGACCCAGCGAUGUUGCGGGGCCAGGUCAGUUUUGAGGAAGAGAGCCAGAAUCCACCUGCUGUGGGACACUGGAAGCCACUGAUGCCAUCCAAAGGUGAAAAAGAAGAGCCAGAGAGUGGAUGCCAGGAUGCUGGAGGUGUGCAUGAACCCCAGUCCACAGAGCAGCUCAAUGUGUCCCGGCUGCGCAGCUCCUCAGUGGAGAUCCGGGAAAAGGGCUCGGAGUUCCUGAGAGAUGAGCUGCACAAAGCACAGAAGGAGCUGAAGCUCAAGGACAAAGAAUGUGAGAGAUUGUCAAAAGUCAGGGAACAGCUGGAACAGGAACUGGAGGAGUUAACAGCCAGCCUGUUUGAGGAAGCCCACAAGAUGGUGAGAGAAGCCAACACCAAACAGGCUGCGGCAGAGAAACAGCUCAGAGAGGCCCGGGGCAAGAUUGACAUGCUGCAGGCAGAGGUGACAGCCCUGAAGACGCUGGUGAUCACAUCCACGCCGUCCUCCCCGAACCGGGAGCUGCACCCUCAGCUGCAGAGCCCUUCCAAAGCUGGCUUCAGGAAGGGCCACGGGCGGAACAAGAGCACCAGCAGUGCCAUGGUGUCAGCUGCCAGCCAGAACGUGGCUCCAGAGCCCGUCAGCCGCGAGUGCAGAGAGUCUGGUUUCCCUGCUCUCCUCUCCCUGCUCCUUUGCAUCCUGCCUGGGAAGGCUAUCCACAUCACCUAUGAGCCAGCCUGGCAGGCCUUGGGAGCAGAUGCUUCCUCCUUCUCUUCCUCAUGGCAGGUCGACUCUAUUUUAUUUGCCGAGUUCCAGGCCUGGAAGGAAUCUCCAACUUUGGACAAAUCCUGCUCCUUCCUGGAUAGAAUUUACCGAGAAGAUGUAGGACCUUGUCUGGACUUCACCAAGCAGGAGCUGUCAGAGCUGGUGCGAGUGGCUGUGGAGCAGAACACCCUCACCAUCGAGCCAGUGGCUUCCCACACUGUCCCUGUGGGGAAGGUGGUAGCAGAGGAGUGUGGUGGCCCCAAGAAAUGUGCUCUGAGCGGCCUCCCCAGGACCUGCAAGCACCGGAUCAUGCUGGGGGAUUCUGGGAAUUACUACUACAUUUCCCCUUCCUGCAGGGCCAGGAUCACAGCAGUGUGCAACUUCUUCACCUACAUCCGCUAUAUCCAGCAAGGCCUGGUGAGGCAGGAUGUGGAGCUGAUGUACUGGGAGGUCAUGCGGCUCCGGAGGGAGAUGUCUCUGGCCAAACUUGGAUUUUAUCCCAGCGAGAUGUAAGCAGAGCCCUGAGCGUGGAGGAAACUGCUCCUGGAGGAAGGGCUUGGAGUGCAGUGCCUGUCCUGCUCCCUCCCACCUUCCCUCUGCCUGGAGAAAGGAGCAAGAGGCACAAGUUCCACUUUCAGCUGUCCCACUUGGCCAAGUGUGACUGGAAUACAGCUGCCAUGCUACCCCUGGAGCUGGGCUGGCCCUGGCUGCUCCAGGAUGGCCAUCCAUGGACUCUGGAGUCUCCUAUAUGCAGUGUAUAUCCAUUUUUUAAAAACCUUUUGUUUUUAUAUGCAGCCUGCUUUGGCAUAACCAGGGGCCAGGCCUGUGCAGGGUGGGAAUUCUGGACCUUCCUUGUAAGCCAGUCAGUCAGGACAGAUGCUGGCUGUCUGUUCCACUAAUUUUUUUGGGGAUGGAGGGGGUGCUGUCCCCGAGGUCCUGCUGACCACAGCAGCCCUGAAAAUGCCAGCAGAGCACAAUAAUCUUGAACAGUUUGUUUCCAAGUACUUCCUUGUUCCUUUUCAAGGAGCCUGCGAGAGAAGCUUGUUGCCAGCGGAGUCACAAAGAGGGAUUUGUUCCUGUUUUUAGCUGGAUGUUUGGCACUGGGUUAUGCAGGCUGGGGAAUGGCUGGAGCUGUGCACCUGGGGCCUCCAGCAGAAGAAAGGGAGCAGAGAAAUUCCCUAACUCCCAGCAGCUGCAGGACUUUUGCCCCUGGACCAGGGAAUCUGCUGGAGUUGUCGGAGACGGAUGCAGGACCCUGUGAUAGUCCCUGGUGUCAAGUCCCCCAUGAUGCUCCUAAACACAAACCUCACCCACAAACAAAUCUUGGAGCUGUUCCUGCUCUUGAGGGAACUUUGGGCAGUGCUAUUCCCACCCUUCAGGCAGAACCCAUGUUCCCAGGUUGGGUUCUUUGUGUCUCCAGGAGGAGCAUGCCCAGGCUGGGCAGUCCCAAAGCCCAGAGAUUCCUUCCCAGUGUUACAUCAGACCUGGAGAUGCAUGUCCACUGGGAAUCACAACUUUUCCUGGGCUGCCAUUCCCUGGUGAGGGAAACUGAGUCCUCUUUGUGUGCACAUGAGGGAUGUGGCUGAGGUUCCUGCCUGCACCAAAAUGUGUUGGGAGGGAGGGAUGUCACUGGAGCUGUAAGAAUGUACAGGCCUGACACAUCCUGAGCUCAGACCCAGGUUUAUUGAAGCCAUGACAGUAUUUUGUAGCUAAUUUAACCUUUUUUUCAGUGUCUCUGGAAUCAGCUCAGCCAUCACGCACUCUGGGGUUUUAAUUUCUGACAGGGUUGUCAUCCUGUCACUCUGCCACCCUCAGCAAACUGUUGUCCAUCCUCAGCUCCAUAAUUCCAUCCUCUCCUGAAGGACAUUACAGUAAGAACUCUAUCUUCUUCCACUGAGCUGCUGGGUUUUGUCUAGGGGAGAGAGAAAUAACACAGCUUUGGUUUCCCCAGCUGUGGAUUUCAGCUCAGGUGAAUUCCACCCCUGGAAUUUCUCCCUGCAUCUCUUCCCCCAUCCUUUCUAUCUCUCCAUGUCUUCCUGUGCAGUGAGCUGCUACACCGCACAAACAUUGCAGCACUGGGAAUGAGAUGAUCUCUCUGCUUAGGAGAUGUUUUGGUUUGUGGGAUAUUUUUUCCUCCUUGGUGUCACAUUGAAAAGCACUUUGAGACAGAAGGAACUGGAGCAAUGCCUUGUCUGCGGUUGUCUUGCAUUUCAAAGCAGAGAACAAUUUGUGAAGGAAAAUGAAGUCACUCCAUUAGCAGCGGGAUUGUUGCACCCUGCUCUUUCAUAAAGGAAAAUAAACUUUUCCUAUUAACCUCUA